AUGUCUCCAACCCACGCAAAGGUCGCCUUCGUCACUGGUGCGAAUGGCAUCACUGGCAAUGCCAUUGUCGAACACCUCAUACGUCAGCCAGCGACCGAAUGGUCCAAGAUUGUCAUUUCUUCCCGGAGGAAGCCUACACAAGUAUUCUGGCAAGACCCUCGCAUCCGAUUUAUUGCAUUGGACUUCUUGAAGCCAGUCGAUGAACUUAUGGAGGCUAUGAAGCCGUUGUGCCACGACGUCACACAUGCAUUUUUCGCCUCCUAUGUCCAUACUGCCGACUUCGCCAAGCUUCGGGACCUCAACGUACCUUUGUUCAAGAACUUCCUUAGUGCCAUCGACAUGGUCGCCUGGAACUCGUUAAAGCGCGUCUGCCUCAGCACUGGCGGAAAGGUCCCAAUUCACGAAGGGAUGCCGCGCUACCAGGAUCAUGGAGAGAACUUCUACUAUCCUCAGGAAGAUUAUCUUUUCGAUCUCGCUUCCAAGCGAGAAUGGGACUGGAAUGUCAUUCGUCCCAACGCCAUCAUCGGAUUUACGCCUGCUGGUAACGGCAUGUCUGCCGCCUUGACUCUGGCCAUCUACAUUCUGACUUGUCGUGAGAUGGGAGAGGUACCGGUUUUCCCUGGAAACAAGUUUUUCUACAACUCUGUCGAUGAUGCGUCUUAUGCCCCCAGCCUUGCAGACAUGAACGUCUGGGCAGCUACAUCAGAAAACACCAAGAACGAAGCAUUCAAUCACACCAACGGUGAUGUUUUCGUGUGGAAGCACUUCUGGCCGAAGCUUGGAAAGUACUUCGGUGUUGAUGAAUGGAGCGCCGCGGGUGAUGGCCAGCGCAUGGAGCAUAACUUUCUCAUGACCGAAUGGGCCAAGGACAAGGCGCCCAUCUGGAAACGUGCCGUAGAGAAGCAUGGUGGAAACCCCGAAGCAUUCAACUGGGGUACUUGGGACUUCUUUGACUGGGCAGUUGGCAAGGCUUGGCUCACCAUUGGCUCCGUUUCCAAGGCUCGCAAGUUCGGCUGGACCAGGUACGAUGACACGUACGACACGUACAUUGAGACCUUCCGCUCCUUCGAGAACGCCGGCAUUCUUCCCCUCACUGUUGAGCAGCAGUCGCUGCCAGCCGACACCAGGGCCAAGCUCGCUCCUCAUCCUGGCGAUGCGGUGGCCGCACGCGAAUCCGCGGCUGCCGUUAAUGGCUUCAAGAAGGCUGAGCCCAGGUCUAAUGGGGUUGAACCUCGGUCGAAUGGAGUGAAGAGCUUUAUUGUGGACUCGAAGUUUGGAGCGGAGGUUGGUCACGUUGAGACUGUAGAGAUUGUCAACUAG